AGACGCUUCGGGCGAUGAGGCACAGAAGCAGCCGGCUCUUGAGCUUGACGAUAGCGCAGAGGGCGGCGAGCGCAGAAAAAGGAGAAUGAUGCAAGAGAUAAGCGCAGAGGCAGACGAGACGAAACGUGGUGGUGAAGGGCCGAAGCGCUCUCUCUCGGGGCGCUGCCGCGGAGAGUGAUGGGGGGGCCUUGGCGGCGAUGUCCACGAAGCGGCCGCGUAAUCCCCCUGGCCAGAUGCCGAACACUUUUCUUCCACUCCCGCCCCGUGGCGUUCCUCCCGGGAGUGACAAUAACCGUAACUACGAGGCUCCGUGGAUCGGGAUCGCAUUAGCUGACUGUGUGGGUCCUGACCCUGAGCCGUGUCUUUGCCCCUCAGCACAGAUCGUUACGCCAUCGUUACGGUCUGGUGGAACAACCGCUUACAAAACUUCCGUUCCCUACGCAUCCUUCUCCCCAGAAUCGCCACCGCCCUCUCAACGUUUCCCUAAUCAACACCUACCAUCUACGCGUCGCGCAAAGAAGCUUACGACUCUUCCAAGUACUACCGCUCGCCGUCGCGCGCCCCAACCCGGCACCGGAAUUCGACGAGCUGUGCUUUGUAAAACACUACCAACACAACGCCAGAAGUGGUAGGAGAUACUUUGGUAUCAGUCGGGCUUUGCUGACAUUCCUGACAUUAUGAUUGGCCAAUUGUACUACUCAGUUUCACCUUUCUUUAUACGGAAUUCAACGGCUCAUUUCUAAUAAAUAACGCACGUGACCCAGCCUCCCACAACAUCCAUUGACUGUAUCUCUAGAACCACAACAGGAGGCAACACAC